CAUGAAAAUCAAACAUCUCAUCUUCAAUCACCUUAUCCUCUACUCCCUCAUCGUCCACACAAAUGCCAAUGCUUCCGAUUGCAUUUACAACAUCUACGUGCAAACCGGAAACAUUCCGUACGCCGCUACCACUUCUAACAUAACCGUCUUCUUGAACGAUGCAACGAAGGCCGAACUCCCUGUGGUCAACCUUCGAAAUUGGGGUUUAAUGGGGUCCACGUACCACUACUUUAGGCCGGGGGAAGUCGACCUAUUCUCCAUGAAAGGCCAGUGUCUACGUGCUUCGGUAUGCGGCCUAACAAUUGUGCUAGACGGGUACGAUAGUUGGUAUUGCGAGGGUAUCGAAAUAAUUGUCGUAGGGUUUGGAAAAUCGUGCUCUCAGAAGCAUUUUGUUGUCAAGAAAUGGCUCGACGUCAACGCCGGGACGGCGGUGAUUAUUCAAGACGAGUGCGUCGUUGAUAAUGUACCAAGAAGUAUUAGUUUGAGGAAUGGAUAUUAAUUUUAUUGAUUAUUUUUUUUUUGUAAGUAUUAGUGUAAUUUAGAUAAUGUAUGAGGGCAUAGAUGUCCAGUGAAAUAAAUAACGUGGGGGGAGUUGGAAUGAGAAUUUGUAUUCUUUUGACUUUGAAAUCAAUAAUGUUGUGGAUUAAAUCCAAUUGGAUGUUAA